CUUAAUGCAAUGAAAUUUCUGCACUGUGCAGGUGUUUCUGCUCCAUAUUUCCCCUUUAGGUAGUGAAAAAGCAGCAAGAAAUCAUCAGAUGAAUACAGUACAUACAGAUACUGAUUUCCAGGCUAAAUAACACUCUUGUUCUAAGACAGAAGGACACUUUUGUUAACAAGAUAUUCCUCUCUCCCAGCCUCCUUACACAGGAUCCCACUCUCUAUUUGCAUGGCUUGAUAAAGCUGCUUCUGAAUUCCAGAGCCAUUUCUCCUCUGCUUUCAGUUAGCAAGGGAACCUUGGAAGAAGGCUCAAAUUGUGAUACAGCUUUUAUUGCUCUGUCAUUGCUGACUUGUUUAAAAGCCUGCAUGAAAAUCAUUUAUCCUGCUCAGCAUUUGGGGGCAAGUAUUUGGGAAGGAAUUGAAGUUUACUUGUGUUGGUAACUGCUGUUUCCUCCUUGAAGCCCACAAGAUGUCAGGAUUCAGGCACUGACUGUUCUGCUUCAGCCAAUGGACUGUAUUUUGAGAGCGGCCUCCCAGCCUCUGGAAUGUGCAGGUUUGCUGGAUGAGUCUGUCAGUGAUCCUGCCACUGUUGAAAGUCUUCUGUCUUCCAAGACAUCUUGUGCUGGUCUCCUGUGUCAGACCCUCACUCACCUGGAGAAGCUGCUCUCUCUGAAACAUUUGAGAGUGGAUUUACCCUGUGUGUCUUUGCUGCACUCUCUCAUGACAAUAUUACAAUUCUGCAAUGGCUUCCUGAGCCCAGCUUCUCCUCUGGGAAGCACAAUCAGCCGGAAUUUGAUCAAUUGCUUCAGAGUGCAAAAGUCAGCUCUUGAUGUCCUUGCAGCACUCUCAGAGAAAAAAGACUGUGACACUCUCAUAGGAAAUCUUUUUGAUGUCCUCCUGGCAUAUCUGCAGAGUCCAAAUACCAGCCCUACUGUUCUGAAGAAAACCUUUCAGGCUACAUCCAAGUGGUUGGUGCACUUGCAGGAACUGUCCUCCUCCACCAGUCAGUGGCAACAAACUGAGAAGAUUUUGGAAGAUGUGUUGGUGGUGCUGCAGAAACGUUUGUGCAGUCCUUGCUGGGAAGUAAGAGAUUCUUCCCUGGAGUUCCUCACUUCCAUGGUUAAAUGCUUGAGAGACCAGAAGGAGUUCAGGCAGUGUCUCCUGUCCUCAGAGGUGCUGAGGCUCACAGAAAACCUGCUGGAGGACCCGGAGAGCUACGUGCGAGCGAGCGCCGUGACUGCUGUGGGACACCUGGCCCCCUUUACUUGCUUUGCUCCAGAGUCACCUGUCAUUGGCAAUCAAUAUGACAAAGAGAGCAUUGUAGCAAAGCUUCAGGAAAUCUUGUCAACAGACUCAGAGGGCUUUCCCAGGAGGGCUGUGAUCAGCAUCUUCACCAAGUGGCUGAGAGAAGGCUGCACAGGUCAGCUGGAAGAUACAGAGCAGUUUGUCUCUAGAGUCAUCCAGACUGUGGAGCAUGACUUAGACUGGGAAGUCAGACUUGGUGGUUUGGAGCUGGUUGAAGUUUUCUGUAGUCAGACCAUUUGCCAGCUUUCCCAGUGUCCCUAUGCUCCUGUCUCCUCUGCAGUGACAAGUUCCACCCCUCAGAACGAGCUGCUGCAGGUGUUUUGUCGAGCAAAGCUGUUUGGGUUUUUGUUUAGAUCUUUGUGUGACUGUGACAAACCCGUGGGGCAGAGAGCCUGUGAUGUUCUGGUUGGCUUGAGAGGUCAUUUCUACCCCAUGAGUACUUUGGAGAAUCCACAGCAGAUUGAAGAUUCACCUGCAGGAUGUGGCAUUGCCUGGUUACAGAGGACACUAAGACAGGGUUCUCUGGCUCAGAACUUCCCUGUGGAGGGUGAUGUUGGGGUGGAUUUCCAAGAUCCAGAGAGCAUGAUGUUAGCUUUGGGUGCAAUAGACUUACUGGAGCUGCAUGAUGAGCUAAAUAAAAGUAGUGACCAUGUGGAGGAAAGCCCUCAGUCCCUCUUACAGGACAUCCUUGCUGCUGUGGGGACCAUAGAGGAUAAUGAAGUUGACUGUUACUGAACCCAGCUUUUGCUCUGAGGGAGCAGCACUCAAGAAGUUUUCUUCUGGAAGAGAAGAAUGGUUUUAUCUGUUAAAUGGGUUAGAAGAAAAUCUUUGCUUUAAUACUGAUGAUUUUUUUUUUUUGUUAAAAAGUGUAGUUUCCAAUAAACUGUUGUUUCUUUUUCCAAGUAA